AAACCAUACAUAUUCAACUUAUCAAGAAAUGAAGACAGUAUUAGUAAAAAAAAAAAAAAAGAAAUGAAGACAGUACGAUUAGAUUGAGCAUGGUGGUGGUGGUUGUUGUUCCUUUUUCAACUUCAACAUAUUCCAGAUGUCAUAUUCAUUCGUCGCCACCACCAACGCUCUCCCAAUACGGCCCUCACUCUCUCUCUCUUUCCCACACUACCAUUCACUCUCUUGUUCACAAUCACUCAAACACAGUCUUCCUUGUUCAAGGCUUCAGGAAAUAUCUGUUGCUUCAGACUCACAACGCAGUGAAAACGACAACAACAAUAUAAAGUGGAAGGAAAAUAAGGAUGACGAAGAAGAAGUUGGAAUUUCUAAAAUACAAGUGCCCAGACAGAAACACAUCCCCGUUUCCAAGUCCCAACUUCUAGAUGCUAUCCUCUCUCUCAUGCUCAACCAAGACACUACUGCUCAUCACUUUCGCCUUCUCACCUCCUGUUUGGACUCUAUACUUCAUGCCGAACACAAAAGCAUCUUAGAGGAAAUGCGUUCCGAUUAUCACCUCAUCAAUGCACUCCAAACUCAGGAUCAGGAGGAUGAUGACACACAACUUGCGGCCGACGGAACCAAUUCAAACUUGGUAACCAAUGCCAAUGACAUCUUUCAAUAUGGGAAUGGGAAGGUCUAUCAGGAUAUGCUUUCUAACUAUGCUCUUAACCUCGGGACUCUUUUUCGUUCUCUCGACAACAUAACUGCAAACAACAAUUAUGAUAGGGGGUCUAGAGUUACCAUCGCUACUCGUUUCCAACGUGCCUUCAUGCAACUUCUUUCUGAUGCACAAUUUGAAGAACUAUCAGCUUGGGAUCUAAUGUUAACAUCUGCACUGAAUACAGACUAUCUCCUUACCUUGCCAAUAUAUGUUGAUUGGAAGAGAGCAUAUGAGUCUAAUGCCAUAAUCUUUAGGAGGGGUUAUGCAACUGAGAAGCAGAAUGGCCUAUUAAUUGUUGAAAAACUGGAUUACUUACAGUCUAAGCUUCUACAAACAAUCUUCUUUGUUGUAUCAAAACCACUAGCAAACCUUGGCACCUGGAUAAACGAGCUUUAUGAAACUGUCAGUCAGAAACGUGAAGUGCACAAUUGGACAGAAAAAUUAAAGCUUUGGCUAAAGGAACUGUCAGUAUUUAAAAAAUCACUACUCUAUAAUGACAAUGCUUUGGAUGAGCAAACAGGUGUAAACCAAGUACAAAAUGCAGAACUCCCUAUCUGGCUGGCAGCUCAGAGGGCAGUAGCUCGAUAUGAAGGGAUUUUGUCACCUGUUGGUCCUCGUGAAAGGCUCCUGAGGAGAUUGCUUUCUUGGAUUGGACUUAUUCCCGCUACACCAGAAACACCUUUUCAGGUUGAAAAUGACGGUGACUCACCAGAACCUUAUUUAAGGCCUACUUUUUUAUCAAGGAUAUCACUUAGUGAUACAUGGAGACCUGCAUCAAGGAAGUACUGCGGAAAUGAUCCUUGGAAAAUGUUAAAAACUUCUAUAUCCAUACUUUUCUCACAAUCAGUCUUGCAGGAACCAGCCUUUGAAGAAUUAAUUCUACUAUAUACAGAGGAAGUUGGUGAAACAAAUGGUAAAGAUACAGCUGAAGUUCCGUCAUUGCAAUUAAAGAUCUACGAGAGAAUUCCUUUUCCAGAUUUACCGGUAGUUUUUCCUCACAAAAAGCUAUCAUUUCGCAUCAUAGACACUGUGCGCUUGGAUGCUGCCACAAUUUUGGGACUCCUGGCAUAUUUCAUAAACUACAAAUUUGUGAAUGUCUUAUCUUCCCCAUCAGCUGUAUUACUUGAUGUCGUUGCCAUAAGUGCUCUGAUAAUAUAUGGGAGUCGUGUGGCUCUAGGUUACAAACAGACAUGGGAUCGGUAUCAGCUAUUAGUGAACAAGACACUUUAUGAAAAGACCUUAGCAAGUGGCUUCGGCUCAGUGCAUUUUCUUUUAGAUGCUUCUGAACAGCAGCAAUACAAGGAAGCUAUUUUGGCUUAUGCUGUCCUGCUCAAAGCAGAUAAGGGUCAGGUCACUUCUCGACAAAGCGUAGGAGAGAAAUGUGAGAGAUUCAUGUAUGAAGUGUUUAAAGUGAAGGUUGAAAUGCCAGUUGACAAGGCGCUCAAUACAUUAUUAAGGCUGAACCUAGCAACUGAAACUUGUAUUGAUGGAAGGCAUGGAUUGCUGGCUAUACCUUGUCCUCAGGCCUAUGAGGCCCUUAAAGAACGAUGGAAUAGUUUGCUUUGUUAAACUUUAAAUGUAAGAUAUGCAUGUUUCAUAGGGUACUGGAAAGUAAUGGAAACAACCUUUACGAUUAACCCAAUAAAGGCACUAUAUGGUACAUAAUACCACCAUGGCAUCCAGUAAUAAUUAUCUAUAUGAUGAGUCUUGGCACUAUUCAUACUACACCUUGUGUAAAUAUAUAAAACAAAGUAUAGAUCUUUAUUAAGUAUAUGAAGCUUGAUUAACAGCUUCUGAAUCUGUUGCAUCAGUUAAAUUAAUUUUAGAUUA